AUGGAACCGGUUGUACGAUACACAACAUCCGAAGUGAUUCGGCCUGGCCCGUAUCACAGGUUACUAAACGGGAUUGAAUGGGUGACUGGAACGCCCUGCACGAAUCUCGUCGGAGUUCCACAAUCCUUAUGUUCUAAAACGGUUACGAAUUCGACGGCAGGCUACCUCUGGCUCUUCGCGCUGAGCGCUUUUGGGAUCAUUGUUGGGUUUCUUGGACUUGCGGUUUUUGUUACUACUGUUUAUGGUGCUUGGUAUGGUGUUAAGAGUGCUGGCCAAGCGUACAAAGAAGUUAUGGGAAAGAUUAUGCUGUUAGAAGCGAAAUGCGGAAAGCUCGAGGAGGCGCUGGCGAAAGAAACCACGGCCCGUCUAGCGGCCGAAUGUGCUUUACAAGAGAAACUAAAGGAGGAAGUAAAAGCCCGAACUCAAGCCGACACAAAUCUCACCACUAAACUCGACAAAGAGCGAGUCGACCGCCAGGCUGCGGCUGUCACCCUUGAAGCCUCUGUCACGAAGAAAAUCAACGAUGAAUCCGCCGAUCGUAAAGCAGAUGAUCACGCUCUACGACAUGAUCUUAGGAAGGAAGAACGUAUUCGCCAAAAGGAGGUGAUGGAUCUCUCGCACAAGUUCUUGGAGGACAAUAGAAAGGAAGGGGAGAUCAGAGCCAAGGGAUUCGCGGAUACGAUGAAAAUGAUUAUGGAUGAGACAAGCCUCAGGACCGUCAAGAUGGAUAGUGUCUCGAGUCGGGUCAAUGAGAUUUCGAUCAAGUUGACGAACGAGAAGGUAGAAAGGGAGGCUCAAGACGCUAGUUUAGCGAGGAAGAUUGAUGGGCUGAGGGCUAUCAAGGAUCCCAGAAACAGUUGUUAA